AUGUCGUCGAUGUCUGUCGAUGAUGACGACAGGAGCUCAUCCGAAGGCGAAUUCGCCCAAUCUGGUGUAGUCGCAAGACGCAAUCACAAAGCGAAUCACAAAGCGACGAUGGCUGCUAGACGUGAAGAAAAUCUGGCUCGAUUCGCGCUACACGCCACGCACAUCAGCGAUAGCGAAGAGGAAUCAUCGCCGGACUCACGAGCGUCGACUCGGUCCACAUCACCGCGCCGCUCGUUGGCCACCCCGUCCUCCUACGACUCCACCCACAACCAGACCGCUCCGCCCACUCACCAUGACGAUGCCAGAAGUAUUGACAGCGGAGUGGUACAAUCAGAUCAUUCCAAUCCGCAACAAGCGAUGACGUUAUCCGUGUCCUCGUUGGCGCCGUUCUCAUCACCAGCAAUGGAAGUGCCACCUCCGCGACGAAUCAGCCAAACGGAAAUGCCUCCCGAUGUGGCCAAAGUGACAAGCUCUAUGUCCAGAACCUCGCUGACAACACCGCCACCGAUUCCACCACGAACAAGCCCAACUCCAUUGACGGAAACUCGACGAUCCAGUCCUGCACCGUCAGUGGAUAUGUCCAGGAAGAUCAGCAUCAGCUCUGCAGCUAGCACAAAGCGAGCCGGAACAUCUACCGACAGCAUGAAUGUCAUCGAAUCGAGCAAGCCGCCGACUCAACGAACAGAAUCACCGACGGCUUCGUUCAUGAGCUCACCUGACGAUGAUACAAGUACGAUCACUUUUUGA